AUGGCCGCUCAACACGACCCCCCAAGGCGUGUUCUUCGCAGGAGAAAGCUACUCUGGCGUUACGGCUUUCCAUGGACCUUCGUCGAUGCAUUCAAGCUCGCCCGCAGUUUAAAAGCGAGCGGGGCCGACAUAUGGCCGCCGCUGGAAGACGAAUACGACAUCGAGCGCGACUUCGACCCGACGUUGGCCGAUAGCGAGAUGAAUAGCGAGGAACGCGGCAGCGACGAGAUGACUCGCGCCGUCGACGUCCUCGAGUGGGGCAUCCUCUUCCUGGAACACAAUACCCAGGUCGAUCUGCGAAUGAACAAGCUACCGACGGUGCACACCGGUGUGACGGGCACGAUCCGGCGUCAGACGGACGUCUUGCUUAUGGGCAGCACUCGCGCGCGGAGGCUCACGGAGAUCAAUAUGGAGGACUUGCGGAACGCUGGGAAGAUCGCGGACGACGAGACUUUGGCUGCGCUUUCGAAGUAUCUGGGAGAGCCGCGGUGGUUCCCGGACUGGAAGUCUUUGAAGAGGAAGGGUCUCCUUGACUUUAUGGAGAGCGGCGAGUACCAGCCUCGGGCCGGGAUCAUUGUGCCUCCAACCGAUUCGGCCGCUAGCGUCUAG